AUGCCAAUCAAAUGGGUUUUGUGUUGGCAACCGAAUGCAGGUAUAACAAUCAAUCGUCAAAUACUAAUAGAAGUAUCUAAUUGUAUUGAGAGCAUUAAUGGUGUUAAAGAAGGAGGAUGGAAAAAUAAUUUUUGCUUCUAUAAGCCAAUACUCAAAGAACCAGCAAAUGAAUCAGAAAUUCCCCAAAUAUUUUUAGGGGUUUCACUUCAAGAACAACCAGAGAAGUUUUACAUGGCACUUAUUAGGCAACGACUGAUUGUGGAAGCAGAAUCAUCAAUGCAGACAAUAAUGGAGAACUUACAAUCCUACAAAAUGAAGCUUGCAAUUAAUUGUGAGGGGUUUCAGUAUCGACUUGGUGACUUCCGGAUGCGAGUAGGCAAAGUUGUUCCGAUAAAUUCUGAGAACUUGAGAGGAAUAGUUAUAGAGAUGGAGUAUCUUCCGAUUUCCUCAUGGGAAACAUCACAUCUGAUUAUGAGUGAAUUCUUCGAGAUAUUGAAGGUAACUCUUGGGAAAAAAUCAUUACCGGGUCAUUUUGUGCACACUGAACCAAAUUUUUCAAAGUUUGGUCUCUCUGAUCAAUACACUUCACAACAUACUGUCGUACAAUAUGCUAGCAUCUUGGCUCAAAUGACAGCAACAUCUCAAUCAUCAUAAGCAAUGAGAAAUUAAAAUGUUUUGUUGACUUCAUAAGGUUUUUCCUUAGCUUUAGAAAUGAGUUUGUUAUUUUUAUAAAUAAAUUGAGAAUAUGCAUAUCAAUAGUAAGCAAUCUUAAAGCUACUAUAUGAUUUCAUAUCAAUGUAAUUUCUUUUC